UUCCAUUGGAAAUAACAGGCUGUGGACCAUCUUGGGUUAGUUAGAAAAAUCUUUGAUGUUAUCAGUGCGGCAUCAAGAAGUCAAUGCAGGAUGCUUGGGAUCCUAUGUGUGACGGGCUUUGACCAUGAAUCAUGAUUUACAGAAGAUACUAAUCGUGAAAUGGAGACUCUAAUUCCCAUCAUCAAUCGGCUCCAGGAAGUCUUCCUGACAGUGGGGGCAGAGAUCAUCCAGCUGCCUCAGAUAGUGGUGGUUGGCUCGCAGAGCAGCGGCAAGAGUUCUGUGUUGGAGAGCCUGGUUGGAAGGGAUUUUCUGCCUCGGGGAUUAGGCAUAGUCACACGGCGACCCCUAGUGUUGCAGCUGGUGAAUGUGCCUCCAUUGGCAGAGAGGAGACUGCAAGAAAAUGGAAAUGGGGUAAAACAAAAUGCAAACAGCUACCCAGGGAUCAAGGCUGAUGAAUGGGGCACGUUCCUUCAUAGCAAGAACCAGAUUUUCACAGAUUUCUUGGAGAUUCGCAAGGAGAUUGAAGAAGAGACUGAGCGUAGCUCAGGAGGCAACAAGGGAAUCAGCCCUGAGCCCAUCUAUUUGAAGAUUUUCUCUCCUCAUGUCCUCAAUCUCACACUGGUUGAUUUGCCAGGAAUAACCAAGGUUCCGGUUGGAGAUCAGCCAGAGGACAUAGAAGCUCAAGUCCAAGAGAUGAUCCUAUCCUUCAUCUCCAACCCCAACUCCCUUAUCCUCUCAGUGUCUCCUGCCAAUUCCGACUUGGCCACCUCUGAUGCCCUCAAACUGGCCCGCGAGGUCGACCUGGAUGGCCGCAGAACACUGCUGGUGGUCAGUAAGCUGGACCUGAUGGACGCAGGGACAGAUGCUCUGGAGGUCUUGCUGGGCCGGGUCAUUCCAGUGCGGCUCGGAAUUGUGGGAGUGGUCAACAGGAGCCAGCAUGACAUCAACACGCAGAAGAGCAUAGAGGACACGGCACGGGACGAGCAGGCCUUCCUCCAGCGCCACUACCCGUCUCUGGCCUCCCGCUGCGGCUCCCGCUACCUGGCUCGCACCCUGAGCCGCCUGCUCAUGCACCACAUCAGGGACUGCUUGCCGGAGCUGAAGAGGCGUGUGACGGUGUUGAGUGCCCAGUACCAGGCCCGGCUCAGCAGCUACGGCCAGCCUGUAGAGGACCACAGCUCCACCCUGCUACAGAUCGUCACCAAGUUCGCCAGCGACUACUGCAACACCAUCGAGGGCACCGCCACGCACAUCCAGACAUCUGAACUCUGCGGGGGGGCUCGGAUCUGCUACAUAUUCCAUGAGACCUUUGGCCGCACUCUUCAGUCUAUUGACCCCCUGGGGGGCUUGACGGAGCUCGACAUCCUCACUGCAAUCCGCAAUGCUACGGGUCCGCGGCCGGCCCUCUUUGUACCUGAGAUUUCCUUUGAGCUGCUGGUGAAGAAGCAGAUCAAGCGUCUGGAGGAGCCCAGUCUGCGCUGUGUGGAGCUGGUCCACGAGGAGCUGCAGAGGAUCAUCCAGCAUUGCUCCUCCUACAGCACGCAGGAGCUCCUUCGGUUUCCCAAGCUGCACGACUCCAUUGUGGAGGUGGUGACUAGUUUACUCAGGAAGCGCUUGCCCAUUACUAAUGACAUGGUCCACAACUUGGUUCAAAUUGAGCUUGCUUACAUCAACACAAAGCACCCAGACUUCACCGAUGCUGCUCAGGUCUCAGCAUCUGUCAACAGUCAACAGGGCCUGCAGGAUGGAGAUAAAUGCUGGAUGAAUGAGAAGGUGGCUGAGGAGAAGGCACCAGUGGCAGGUUUCAGCAGCCCUGUUAAGGGCCAGGCCAUCAACCUCCUGGACACAGCGGUGCCGGUGUCCCGAAAGCUGAGUGCCCGCGAGCAAAGAGACUGUGAGGUCAUUCAACGCCUCAUCAAAUGCUACUUCCUCAUUGUCCGCAAGAGCAUUCAGGACAGUGUUCCCAAGACGGUGAUGCACUUCCUGGUGAACUUUGUGAAGGAGCGUCUGCAGAGUGAGCUGGUGGGCCAGCUGUACAAACAGAACCUGCUGCAGGGGCUGCUCAUCGAGUCCCAAGACACAGCACAACAGAGGACAGAGGUGGCCCAGAUGCUGGAGGCUCUCCAAAAAGCCAGCAACAUCAUCUCAGAGAUCCGGGAGACACACCUGUGGUAGCCCAAUGCAACUGACCGUUCCCGUGUGUGUGUGUGUGUGUGUGUGAUGGUAAUGUAUGGCAAUACCACUGAGCUCACACUGUCCAUUAAACAUCCAGCCGUCCUUUUUGUCUGUCCAGGAUUUGGACUAUUGUGUCUCACUGUGAAUAUAGUGAUGAGACCAACACACUCAGGCAGAGCGGGUCCAUUGUGAUGAGAUGUCUUUAAUGUGAAAGAGAACCAUGAUCAAAAACCAUUUUGUUUUUGUUGCAACAAUCGUCUGUCUAAAUGUCUGGUCUUUUGGUUGUCAAUGUGUUGUUUAUCACGUGGAGUAUUACGUUGUUUUCCUGAGUCUUUCUUGCAUCUGAUCAUGACACAGGUUGUGCUGCUGCAUUUGUUUCCAUUGAUUAGGUAUCUAUUUGUGAAAGGGUGAUCUCAAACCAUGACUGCUUGAUAUGCAUGUAGCAGUUUCCGAACAUAUGUAGAGUAAGUAUAAUCAGUCGGUAUCAGGUUUCCCCUUGUUUUAAGCAACGUUCUGUAAAGUUGAACAGAGGGUGACAACCCAACCCGAGGUUGAACAGUGGGCAUUGUCUGCAAUGUAAUGUUGAAAUAUGAUCCUGGUCUUCGGGGAUGCUGCAGAGGUUUGGUUUGACCUGGUCUACAGUGCAACUGAGUACAGUAGUUGUACCUGAGAGCAGACGUAUGUUCUUUACGUGUGUCGCAUUUAUGUAUCGUUCCAGGUGUACGGUUGCACUGUUUGUGCAUAUCUAGUCCUAUAACAAAGUUGUACGUUCACAACAUAGAAUACAGUGUUCCUUUUCUCCGUAUGAAGUUUCUAGUCAGACUCUCUUAAUUCGCAUGUUGUUGGAUAACUGAAACCACAUUUAUGAAUAGCACCCACAAAGAGUUGAAUAGGUGUGUGUGUGUAUAUAUAGAUAUUGUAUAGCUAGCUUGUCAGGAGAUGCAGAAUAGUAGGUGGAGUCCAGCAAUGAUUUGAGGGCCAGGGGUAUAGCGAUUCAUUGCAGAAAUCUACUUGGCCAAAGGAAAGUUAAAAUAAUUUUCAAAAUCUCAGAAUGCAUUGAAAUAUUGUACCCCAGUUACACCCCCCCCCCCCCCCCCCCCCCCCCCCCCCCCCCCCCCCUUUAAAUUAACCCAUGUAUGCAGUGUGCCUCAGAGAGAGAGGGGGCUGUUGCUGGGGUGCCACCUCUUCUGAAGACUGUCCCUAAGCCUGCUUCUACCCAGAUGACAGGGAUGUUGGAGGUGUAAGAGACCAACAUUGUUUCUGAUUUGAACUUGUGCAUGCAGCUGUAAUUAUAUCCUCAUUUUGUUGAUGUAGAUCCCCAAGGGAAGUAUGCCCUGCAGCCUUUUAUUUGUGACUUAGUACCAAUUGCGUGACGUUAGUGUAUCUUCCAUUUAGAAUUAGAUUCUAAAAAAUUUCAAAUAAUUUAUAGUGUAAGUGUACAUCGGUUUUUGUAUGUCAUGGAAAUGUUCAAAGGAUGAUGAGCAUUAUUCAGAAAGACUAGCCUUAAAGGAACAGGUACCAAGCACCAUCUAGCAGAAACACUGACUUCUAUGUGAUCAAGGAGAGUUUGGUGUCUAGUCUGUCUUUCUGAAAGGACAGUGUGUGUGUGUGUGUGUGAAUGUCUUAAGUUUUUCUAUCUGAAUGAGACUGUGUUUUCUAUUAUUUAAAUGUAUAUCUUACAUCUUUACAAACUGCCUGGAAGUGCUUGACUGCCAAUAUUUGUGAUACAUGUAAAUUGAUAUGGGAGGGACUCAUUAAACUCUUAACAACAACA